AGGAAAUGAUUGACAUCAUAUUCAUUUGUUUCCCCAGCGAUGUCCUACUUCUGUAAUCAUCCAACUGGCCCGCCUUCCUAAUAAUGAAUGACUCGGGACGUCUACAGAUGGCGAUGGAGUCCGUCCCUCCACACAAUGUGACACACAUUGAAGCUCCUGAAUACGCCGUAGAGUCCUGCGACCAAUGUUCUUCAGCAGGAACUCCACUUGCCCUGGAUGACCGCCACCUGGCGGGAGUGGGGGACAGCACCCAGCUGUUCGGGGUGCAAGUGGUCCUCAUCCUCGCCUACAUCACCAUCAUAGUGUUCGGAGUGGUGGGCAACGCGCUGGUGAUAUACGUGGUCUUCAAGUUCAAAACGUUACGGACCGUCACCAACUUCUUCAUCGUCAACCUGGCUGUGUCCGACUUGUUCAUGAACACCCUGUGCCUCCCUUUCACACUCGUGCACACCCUCUACGGCGAGUGGAAGUUCGGCCGCGUGCUGUGCUUCGUGCUGCCGUGCGCGCAGGCCAUGGCUGUGCACGUGUCCACCAUCACCUUCAACAUCAUCGCCCUCGACCGCCACAGGAGCAUCGUGUACCACCUGGAGACCAAGAUGUCCAAGGACAUGUGUGCCCUGGUUAUCGUCGCCACGUGGGCCGUCAGCGCCCUGCUCGCCAGCCCGCUCGCCGUCUUCCGGGAGUACCUCACGUUGGACCUCUCGCCCGGCGCGAGCAUCAAGGUGUGCGCCGAGCAGUGGCCCGUGAGCAGCAUGGACGGAACGAUGUACAGCAUCUGCAUGCUGCUGGUUCAGUACGGGCUCCCCCUGGCGGUCAACUCCUUCGCCUACCUGCGCAUCUGGAGCAUGUUGAAGAAGCACAGCAGCAGCCCAGGAGGUCGCAACGACCGCCACAGACGGCAGAGGAAGACAACGAAGAUGCUGGUGACCGUGGUGGUGGUGUUCGCCGUGACUUGGUUGCCGUUCCACGCGGUCCAGUUGGCCAUUGACAUGGACAGCAGUGUUCUGGAUCUGAAAGACUUCAAACUGCUUUUCACUGUGUUUCAUAUCGUGGCCAUGUGCUCCACCUGUGUCAACCCGAUCCUGUACGGGUGGAUGAACAACAGCUACCGCAACGCUUUCCGCAGGGUGUGUAAAUGUGACUUUAACUACAGCAGGUCAAGUAACGCCACGAGCAGGCCAAUUCAAAGGGAAGUCGCUGUUUGCUCCGAUUUCAAAGCUACAAAUGUGUGAAGUUACCUGCCUACAUUUUCAGUCAGUGGAAAAGGCUAAAUAUAAGUGUCACAGUAGGUAGAGAGGGAAAAAUUUGUGCCAAUUCACGUUUGGCCUUGCAACACUGUCUCAGAGUUGUCUCUGUAGCAGGGCAGACCAACUCGAAACGGGAUACAAUGGGUGGUCUCAGGAAAGUUAAACGCGACUCUGAAACUUUAAGGCCGGGUACCACUGCGUUACACCGCUUAGGAAAAAAAGGUUUGGUCCGGCAAGUUUCAGGCCUAAUCCCAAUUUUAUUUUUACCCCACUUGCUUUAAACUUGCCCUUUGGAACAGAGUCACGAGGGGGUAGUGCUUGAAAUCUUCCCCUGUGAAAAGGUAGCCUGGGAAACAGGCGAAUGUCGCGAGCUGAUGUUUAAUUUGCUCUACAAUUAAAAAGAUUGCUGCCAGUUUUGAGAUAGACUAGCCAAUCUCAACCUUGUAUCUAAUAUGAGGCUGAAUAAAUUAGAUGAAGGUGCAAAGGAACAACAACAACAAAGAUGGCUGCUGCUGAUGUAGAGCAGUCUGUUGAUUCCGCUGUCGAGACGGUAUUAAACAAACCGGAUGGUAUGUUUUCACUUAAACAAGAACAAACGAGUGCACCUAAAGCUUUUGUUAAGAAGAAAGAUGUCACUGAUGUUUAUUCAUCGCUCAGUGCUGCGUUGACCGUUUGGGGUCGAUGAUUGGUUGUAGGCCUAUCCAAUUGCGUCCAGAGGCAUUUUGGUCUGGCCCGUUGGUCAAAGUGUGAAUAAACAGAGAGGUUAGCCUGGCAACACCAGGCUAGUGAAAUAGGACAACCCUUUAAGAGCCUGCUACGUCAGCAGUAGACACUAGUGGCGUUUACAUAGACAUACAACAAUUUUGUUUCAGGACAUUUUGAAUCUCACAAUGCCGUCUUCAGAAGAGGUGGUUUCUGUUGCGUGGGCUGUAGGCAUCCUUUCGCGGUUCUCAACAGCAAAUCAUCAAAUUGCCUACUAUGGAAAUAGUGGUAUUAUCAUGCGAAUCGUUCAUAACUCAUGUGUUUCACUCUAUUAAUCUAUCAUACAUAAUAACAUCAUAAAGUUAUAAAAUACUAAAGAACACGCAUCAUUCACCAGGCCACUUGGAGUGUGCCACUCGGAGAAACCUUCAUUUUGAGGGACAUUGAGGCCUACCACUUGGUCGUACCCCUCUAUCCAAACAAGAAUUGGGACACCUUACCCUCUUUGGGUGAACAUGCAAAAUGGGGCGGUACCUUGCGGCUCGGAGCGGGACAGCUCGGUUAUGCUAAAUCUGCCUCGCGUUUCAACUGCUGACAGUACACUUUGUUACGGUAGGGCGGGGUUUAAGCCAGAUGGCGAUAGCCGCGGGUAGCUACGUAAGCAUUGUGGCACCAUAGCAGCGUGAUACAGUGAAGCCUGCUAAAAUCAAUUAAAUGAGAAGAACGCGACACAUUAAACAAAGAGCAACAAUGGAGGAUGUCCAAGAAGGACGGCAAACUUUUUUUUUUUUGGGACAUUUUCUUCAAUAAACGAAGGUAUAGCCUUUGCAGAAAUACCUUGCGGGUGCUGUUUCGUUUUUUUUCUUCUUCUGUCCCACGGAAGUGACAAUUCGGUCGACCAAUCAACGGACGGCGUGUUUAGCUCCACUCUUCGGCACCCUUUGAGACGGUUGGUACCCGACGGAGAUAUUCCGAAAAAUGGGAGCGGCUCAGCGUGGCUCAGCACGCAUAUUUUGGAACCCUGUCCAGCUUUUGGCGAUGGAAACGCCAUUAUAAGCGUACUGUGCCGCACCGAAGCGCACGUACCGCACCACUAGGUGGAAACGAGGCAUACAUGUACAAUGUGAACAAGUGGCGGAUUAGUGUAAGAUGUAUUUAUGCAAGUUGUGUGAACCUUAUCUAAUAAAUGGUGUGGUGGUAAGUAAUAGUAAGUAAAUAAUAUGAAAAAUCCUGUUGCCUAAAUUAAAAUAAAUGUUAUUUUAUUAAAGAAUAAAUACUAUACAUAUACUAUGUUUACUAAAUAGCGUUUUAAAGCUUAAGGAUAUUCUAAGGUGUUUGACUCCCAGCUGAAAGGUCCUUGGUUCAAUCUCCAAUGACCACAGCCUACCCUUUCGGCAUCAUUGAGCAAGAUUCCAAUACCUCCUGUAACCAGCCUGACCCAACCACACUCAAUACCUAUUGCUAACUCUUGUUGCUUAGUGUUGUAAGUCUAAUGUUGGCCCCCUGUGUUAAUUAGUCACCUGUGUGCCAUGUAUUAGUAACCUAGGUUCUGCUCAUUUUCUUGGUUCCUUGUUGGUUGUAGAUUUGUUUCUGUCUGCGUGUUUUGACAAAGUAAAGGUUCCUUCUGCCCCUACCCCGAGUCUGAUCGCUGCACUUGGGUUCACCUCCCUGUACAAUCUGUGACGCCUGCUCCUUAAUGACAUGUAUCUAAAUUAAGACUUUUAUGUUUGCUUAAGCUUUCUGCCAAAUCUUAAAUACAUUGGA